AUGCUCUACUUCGAAGAUGCACUUUGGAUUCGAGAGAACUUUUGGAAGGACACAAUUGGAACACUUUAUUUUGUAUUUGGAUUCACAGGAAUUGCUUUCCAUAUAAUUCUGAUAUCAAUUCUUCCGGAAAUCGCAAAUUUCAUCUCUCGCCCUACCACUAUGAUUCUCUCGGCUCAAUUCAUUGCAUGUAUUGUUCAGCUUUUUGUAGUUUUUGUUCCAGUUCCAGCUAUGAUAGCAGUCAACAGACCAUAUUUUGUGAAUCCAGUCAUGAUCAAUGUUCCUGCUUUUAUUCUCGUAUCCUCUCAAUGUUUUGCAUUUAUCUUUAUGAUGGUCAAUGGAGUUCACAGAUGUAUGAAAGGAAUUUCACCAAAGUCAAGUAAGCUGAUAUUUUUGGACAACGUCGUCUACACAGUAAUGAUUGUUUCAUUUGGAAUUUCCGUCUUCUUUUCAGUAAAUAUUUGUGUACACACAACAAUCCGUCGUUUCAACCCAUCUCAACUCAAUUGGAAACUUCAGUAUUUUGAAGUUAUUUCCUAUAUUUAUCUAAUUUCUCUGGUCAUUAUUCCCACUAUUAUUUCUCAUAUUCUAUCUCUGGUCAAUCUUUCCUACAGAAAACUUUUCAAAAAUACUCACUCGUCGGAAGAAAAUUUAGAAGAAGAGCAGAAUGAAUCGUCAAAAGAAACUAUCUGCUCAGUAUCGUUUUAUGCAGUGUUCGACCUACUUUAUUGCUUUUGGAUCUGUCUAUGUUUUCUCUCGUCAGCACCAAUUCUCUCUUUGUCGAAUGUGUUUUUGACUGCGUAUUGGCCACUUCUCACUUCCCUCACAUUGGAUAUUCAUAUCAGAUCGGCGUUGAUCUACAGAAUUCGAGGAGUCUUCCAACCACAAUCAGCCAACAAUCCAAUUAUGCUCCGUCUUCUCUCACUUGUACUGCUACUGUUAGCCAUCGGGCAAGUGGUAAACAAAAAAGCACAAUAUCGCACAGAACGAAUAAACUUCAUCUACGAGAAGGCGUUGCAGCAUGUCACCGAUCGACAAAAUUUAGCAAGACUAGAGAAAGAAUUGUCCGGAUACGACGCGAUUUAUUUGGCCUCGAAAUCUAAUCGUCAAGGUACACAAGGAACCAAAGAUAUCGAGAAAAUCGACGAUAAACUGGCAAAGAUUCUGGAAAAAUAUGGGCUUGAGAAAGCUGUGAUGGCUUUUAAAGAGAAAUACAAGCACAAGAAUCUGCUUCAACAAACAGAUGAUAACGAACCACUUCCAAGUGGGAAAUUCACUGAUGAAAACCUUCAAAAACUUUGGUCUCAAGCACAAAAUGGAAAAUUCUCUCAAAAAGAAUUGCAUUCUUUACACGGAGAGUUGAAGGAAGUUGAACGGAAAAUGCGAGUUUAUGAAGAUCAAUUAGAAGAUUUCAAGAAAGUCCCUCACGAAAAUUCCAUUCAUCAUGAUAUCGAAGCAAUUGGAGAUAAAACCAAAAAGUUGAAAGUAGCCAAUAAAGAACUGAACGAUCAUCUUGACGAAGUUCAUCGAAAAGUGACAAGUGAAGAAUAUUCCCCAUUCAGUGAGCCGCGAGUCAAGCGUCUUUGGAAGUUGGCUCAAGAAAAUGAGAAACUGUCACAACACGAAUUGAAUGUGUUAAAAGACGAAUUAUCACAUUUUGAGAGUCAAUUAAAGAAGAUUGAAUUCCAUAAGGAGGAAGUGUCUCGCCUUCAAGAAGAUGCAGAAGAACGUGGAAAGGGCAAAGCUCAAGUUUAUGAGAACUUGGAACUUAGCAUCAAACAUGAGAAGUUGAAUCGAAAAGCACGAAAACUGGAAAAGUAUUUGGAAGAGAAGAUUAUCAUUCACCGAGAGCUCUAA